GCCACCGCCGUCGCUGCCGCCACUGUGCAUCUUGUGCGUCCGCGGUAUAUUCGUCGUCGCUUACAACCGGAUCCCAACGGGGUUCCAUUACACGGUUGUGAAACGGUUCUCGUUUGUAAGGAUCUGAUUGUCAACCCGAUUGUGCGGUGCCCUCGAGAAGAAGAGCGAGAGGAGCGAAAGAGAAAGAGAGAGAGAGAGAGAGAGAAAGAGCGAGAGCGAACCACCAGAGGAGGGAGAAAGACGAAUAGAUAGAGGGACGAAAAACGAGAGGAAGAGAGAGAGAAAGAGAGAGAGAGAGAGAGAGGCCGCCCGCUGGUUGUCCGCUCCGUUGCUCCGCACUUUCCUCCUACCCAAGUAGUAUCAAUGUUGUCUGGCAAUGGUGUGUAAGGAGAACGUGGUAUCAUGGUUUGGGAAUCUGUCCAGUUAUAAACGUAUCGAUGUAAUGUGCACAUUGCUGAACAUGUGCGUGCCAUUUGAGAUACGAUAUCUCGGUACGUGCAUCGAGGAUAUCGGUAAGCGGGACUACAAUGACCUACGUGAUGUGGAACACCAUGCAAACAGCGCCUCGGAGUUAGCCGAGUUGACUUCCAGCGUGACAGAUAAACGCACGCGAAGAAAACUGGCUCUCUACAUGGCACUGUUGCACUCGUGCAAUUAUGCCUGUGCAGUGAUCUUGUACAAAAAUCUGUCGAAUUUCGACCAUCAGGAGAUUACAAAUCUGUUAAACGGGACCACCUUCAGUGUGGACGACCAACCCCUGGAAGAAUUGCUUCUGCUGUAUACGAUGGCACUGAAUCAUCCGGCCUUCACGUAUGAACAGAAAAGCGUAUUCGGCAACAUAUUCAUUAAGCUCCAGGAAGAAGAAGCUCGUCUGAACCUUUCAAAGAUAAACUCUUCUUUCAAACCGACCCAAGGCUGUACACCGUGCAUGAGUACAAAUGAAAGAUUAAUGGAGCCUGAGAUACCGGGUAGCUGUUUAAUGCCACCACCGCCAAUACAAUCUUAUCAUGGAGAAAUGGGAAUGAGGAAUAAUACUAUAGUCACCGGAGUACCACCUGGUCUCACGAUACCUCCACCAGGAUUAUGUUUGCCUGGUCCAGAGCAAAUGCCUAUGGGAUCUGGCGGUACAACGCAGUACGUUCAACUCGGUUUUCCAUCCAUGAACCAUAUGCCCCCUUGGCCAAGUCAGGUUAUGAUGGCAAACCAGCUGAUGUAUCACAGCGAUGUAUUGGCUUAUCCCCCUUCCCCCUUAGUCAGUCGCCAAUCCUCGCCAUCUCAGUCACGAUCUCCUAGUCGCAGUAAUUCGCCAAUGGGCCGUAGUAGGACUAAUGUUAACUCACGCGCCUCAUCGCAAUCUACUCAAUCCACCUCGACCAGCCUCACAUCGUCAAGCAUCUCAAACAGCCAAACAAGCAGCUCCAUUUCGAACACUACUAGUAACAGCAACAACUCUCUGCCGCCUCUACCAGCGUCCGGUGCAAGCAGAAGUCUUCCUAGUCAAUCGCCGUUACUCCCAUCAUCGCGAUCCGUUCCUUUAUCUAAUACGAGUUCGUCAGGUUUCUCUCGACAUAGUAUCGAUAAUACCCCAUCGUCUACUUUGAUCUCGGCAACUCAAUCGAAACAACCACCACCGCCACGACUUAGGUCAUCUAAUUCUGGCGAUUCCCUUCGAGAGACUUUGAGUAAAGAGAUGCCGAAUUUUAAGGGCAAUCUGCAGAACUUCUCUCGCGAUGAGAUCAGAAGAAUGAGUGACGAAGACUUAAGGGACAUUGGCUUGACACCGAAUGCAGUGGGACAGUUGAGGAGUAUAGUUAAAAGUCAAACCAGUAAUGGCUUAAAUCAGAUUUCAACGGAUAAGAAGCUGGAUAGCGUAAGCAAUACCUCACAUUCGCUCACUGAAUCGAUGGAAAACGAGGCAUCUGGUAUAGAAGUUUUAGGGGAUUCAAAUAAUAGUACAAGCGGGAAAUCGAUGCUAUUACAAGAACAGCAUCCGGCGAUGCAUCAUUAUCAUAUGCACAAUCAUAUGACUACUCCAAAUUUGCGGCGCUAUCCUGGCAUGCCAUCGAUAGAUCCGGCGCAAAUACAAAUGUAUCCUGCACCACCAAUGUAUACAGCUCAAAAUUCACCUUGUUAUUGUCUCACUGUACCAGUAGCUGGAAUGCAAAAUCGAUAUUCAAGGUGUAAUGCUCAACACGUGUAUUGCCUUGGACAACUGCAAGCAUUGCGACUCGACUCCGAGAGCAGCCGGCACUGUUCCCAAAGCAGUAGUUCUGAUAGUACCGGUAGUAGAUCGCCCCCCGAGACGCCACCGGCUGCGCCGUGGGUCAGUAGUAGCAGUGGCGGUGACAACAAUGUUGCACCGCCUGCCACUGACCACAUGACUUCCGCGCCGGUGCAUUCCACGGCGACGGCUCCGCCACAUGUCGUGUCAGCACCCCAGCAGUCGUCAAUGCAAUCGUCGGUGCCACCGGAGAGCAGGCAACUUACCAGAAAGAAUUCACAGACGCGCACGAUGCGGCAAAAAAACCAGGGAAUACUGAACGGAGCCGGGAAUGGAAACGGUGGACCGCCGAGUCUGUCACACUGCGUCUCCUUCCCGGCGCCGCCGGCACAUUCACAGCUCACGUAUCUGCCGCACGGCCACUUCCCAACUACGUUACGACCCAGUAGCGGUAUCUACUCUAACUUCUUGCACGGGCCAUCCGCACGACCAUCUUAUCAACCAGCGUAUCAGCCGAACGGCGAGAUUAUGUAUCCAUUCACGGGUCAUCCCGCGUCUGGUAGCACUCCACCGCCGCCACCGCCACCGAACGUAGCUGCCGCGGCACCAGUACAAGCGUCGUACAUGCCACCUACGCCGGUGGUAACGUAUGCAGCGGCGGUAAUACCACAGACAAAGAUCUCGUGUUAUAACUGCGGCAGUAAUAGUCACCUCGCGGUAGAUUGCAAGGAUCAGACGAUGGAAGACAUUACGAAGAAAGCCCAAUACCGACUGGAUUACACGAUAAUGAAGCAGCCUGGGGAGUGUCCGAAUUCCGAUAAGUGAUCCCCUGCCAUGGACCACUCUGCUACCACUCGUCACAAUUAUCACCGCCACUAUAACCGCAAUUAUUGCCAUCAUCGCCAUCACCAAUAUCACCAUCGCUAUCAUCUUCAUCAUCACUGUUAUUAUCACUAUCGCCAACACCAUCACCAGCACAUCUGUCAUUGUAACCACCAGUAUGCCAAUGCGAAUCGAUUUAAGGACAAGAUUACGAGAUGACAACCGAUAUUGUUCCUCCUUUCACUUUUCGGUAAUUUUUCUAAAUACCUUAUUCUAUAAUCGGAAUGAUGAUGAUGAUAAUGAUAUUAUGCGAUGCUGACGAUAACGGUGACGAUAACGUCGACACCAAGUACGACAAUGACAGCGAUGAAAUUUUUCUAACUGAAGACAUUUCGCGGUUUAUGGUACGGAGUACACCUUUUGCAAGUUCUUACGUAUGAUAGUGAUUGAAAAGUGAUCUAACUAAAUGUAAAAUAUAAUAUAGUAGUAUUGUACAAAGAAAGAGCAAAAGCGAAGCGAGAAACAAUUGAAAGACCGCGUUAUACGGAACACAAUUUUUUUGUGUGUGUUUCUUUUACUUAGGACACGUUUUGAGAGAUUUUUGAGUUUAAAAUAGUGACUCCUGUCCUUCCAGCGACACUUAUUGGCUACUUUUCGCUGCAACUCCCAUCUUGACAGUGUUCCUAUUUUUCUCCUAUACCCUAAAUUCUCUUAACGAGUAGCUAUAAGAGAAACGCAAAUGAAAAGGAUAAAGGAUAUAAAUUGUGCCCCCCCAAACAGGAAAGGAAGCGAAAAUUAUACGAGAUUCGAAUAUAUUUAGCAAGCGAUACUUUAACUUCUAAUCUACCAUGUCUAUACGCUAUUACUAUACUAUUAAACUAUAAUUAUUACUUCUACUACCGCCGUUGCGCCACGACGUGUUUUUAUGUAUAUAUAUUUUUCUCGAAUCUUACGUGCGCAAUGAACCGAUAAUGACAUGUGACAAAGAAAAAAGCGUGUAAUAUAUAUACGAAAUAUGAUAUACAGUACGCAUGUGUGUGCGUGU